UCUGCAUCCUGCUGAGAUGUUUUAACCAUUAGGGGUGUGCAGAGAAGGGGGACGACGCCAUCUUGUUUGUUUAGUCAGAGGAGGGGUGAAAUACCAGUCCCCACUGUAGCAGCCACACCACAAAACGAGGACUGCAUAAAACGGCAAACCGUCUUGACGCCUCCCCCUCCCCCCUUUCCCCCGUGGCGAGACAAUGUUUUAUGCCCACUUUGUCCUCAGCAAACGUGGGCCGCUGGCCAAAAUCUGGCUGGCGGCCCACUGGGACAAGAAGCUGACGAAGGCUCACGUGUUCGAGUGCAACCUGGAGAGCAGCGUGGAGAGCAUCAUCUCACCCAAGGUGAAAAUGGCUUUACGCACUUCUGGUCAUCUUCUGCUGGGGGUGGUGAGGAUCUACCACAGGAAGGCCAAGUACCUGCUGGCAGACUGUAACGAGGCCUUCAUCAAGAUCAAGAUGGCGUUUCGACCAGGUGUGGUGGACCUCCCAGAGGAGAACAGAGAAGCAGCCUACAAUGCUAUCACGCUGCCCGAAGAGUUUCAUGAUUUUGAUCAGCCGCUACCAGACCUGGAUGAUAUCGACGUCGCUCAGCAGUUCAACUUGAACCAGAGCAGAGUGGAGGAGAUCACCAUGAGAGAGGAGGUGGGCAACCUCAACCUGCUGCAGGACAAUGACUUUGCUGACUUCGGUAUGGACGACCGGGAGAUGAUGCGAGACGAGAGCGCGUUCGAGGUGGACAUCAUGGGAGCAUCGGCUCCCAACCUGCUGCUGGAGGCCGAGGGUGCAGCUAACCAGAUGGCCGACAAGUCCAACCCUCUGGAGUACGACGACCAGUAUAAAGACGGCUUCGGAGAACACCCGUUGGAGAGCAAUGAGGAAGGCAUGCUGGUGGACAAGCUGCUCAGUAACGAGGACGGAGACGGCAUCUUUGACGACCCUCCUGCCAUCGCAGAGAGCGUGAUGAUGCCCCAGGACCGCGGAGACGACGACGACGACUUUGACGCUCUCUCAGCUGGAGCUCCAGAUAGUCCAGACUCGGGCCCAACAGAGCCCCUACCAGCAAUGGCGGACCAGGCAGAACAGACCGCCCUGGUUCACAACGAGGAGGAGACCUUCGCCCUGGAGCCGAUUGACAUCACAGUGAAGGAGACCAAAGCGAAGCGUAAGAGGAAGCUGAUUGUGGACAGCGUGAAGGAGUUAGACAGUAAAACCAUCCGUGCACAGCUGUCCGAUUACUCCGACAUCGUCACCACGCUGGACCUGGCGCCCCCCACCAAGAAGCUGAUGAUGUGGAAGGAGACCGGAGGAGUGGAGAAGCUUUUCUCCCUCCCGGCUCAGCCGCUCUGGAACGCCAGGCUGCUCAAGAUGUUUACAAGGUGUCUGACCCCGCUGGUACCAGACGAGCUGAGGAAGAGGAGGAAAGGUGGAGAGGCCGACAGUCUGGAUGAGUUCCUGAAGGAUCUGGAGAACCCCGAGGUGCCCAGAGAGGAAACCACUGGGCCUCAGCAGAGAGACAUCAUGGAUCAGACCAUCAUGGAGGAAGCCAGCGCUCUGCAGACGUCAGCUGUAGAAGGCAGCAGGACGUCGUUGGACGAGUCAGUCAUGCCGCCUCCGUCCCAACGAGGCCUCAAACGUAAAGCCCAAGACACAGAACCCGCCCUGCCUAUGGGAGCUUUGGACCAGCAGCAGCAGCAGCAGCCUGACGUGUCCCAGCAGCUGGAGACAUCCAGUGUUGAUCUCCCCCCCGAGGAAACCAACAUCAGCCAGCUGAUCGAGCUGGACCUGCUCGGGGACAAGGACAGAAAGAAGAACGAAGACGACGACUCUGAUGAGGAGGAGGAGGAGGUCCAGGGAGGAGACCAGGACCAGGAGGAGAGGAGGUGGAACAAGAGAACCCAGCAGAUGCUCCAUGGCCUUCAGAGGGUGAUGGCCAAAACCGGCGCCCAGUCGGUCAGCCUGCUGGACCUGUGCAAAAACAACAACAAGAAGCAGGCGGCCGCAAAGUUCUACAGCUUCCUGGUCCUGAAGAAGCAGCAGGCGGUGGAGCUCGUCCAGGAGGAGCCGUACAGCGACAUCAUCGCGACGCCCGGACCUCGCUUCCACAUCAUCUAAAAAAAAAAACUCUGCAGCCCAAACAGAGGAAAGAACUAUUCCACAUCUGUCUGUUACUUUAAAAAAAAAGUUAUUCAUUUUUUAUGAAUAUGAGCUUGUUGACUUGUUGUUAAGUGUAUGAUGCAGAGUUUAAUCUGCAGUAUGUUGUCAUGCAGUGGUGGGUGGAAAGAGGACUAAAUGACCGUUUAAAGGUUCCUUCAUUAACCAGCAUGAUCAGACCCCAAUCAAUGGAACAUUUCCAUUUUUUAUUAGAGAUGCACUGAUUGUGAUGUUUAAAACAAAACUGUAUCCGAUAAUCAAUCCUGAUGUUUUAAAAACUUUAGGUGUAAGACUCCAACAAGUGCAACAUUUUCUCUCAUGUUUG